GAGCAUUCAUUUAUCCGCGCGGAGACUAGCAUUGGGUGUCUCUGACUGCCGGACGGUCUGUUGCACUUCCUUGUACCGGGUCAAUGCCAGCAUUGCAAGCUGCUUGCAUCUAAGAUUUUUCUUACGUCGUGGAUGCGUUAUAGCCGUUGUUCUAGAGAGUCUCAGGCACCUUCAAGGGUUAUUCCAGAGAGGGAAAGCCUUCUUGUGGUCGCAGCACUCACGGCAAUGAGAACGUAUCCCACACUUCCAUGACGGUGCGCGCCAUCAGUUUCAGUUCGGCAGGCGAUUUUCAGUUGAUUGUAUAUCGUGAUCCAAUCGGAAGAAAGUCAUUCAGACGACAUGGAUAUAUCAGGGAUCUGUCCCAUGCUUGGCUCCAUGAGCGGUAGGCUUGCCGUACGGCGAGCAGACAAGCUGUGAUAACUUAUAGAUGUCGUUCCCUCGUAUACUUCAUCGUUAUAUCUAUCAUUUCCAACCGCAGGAAGACGCACUUGAAUCGCAUUUCAAAGCAUGGCGACUAGUCAACCGUCGAGCCAGCCAGCUCAAGAGACGAGCGAGAAACCGCAGGUCGUGCACAUAGAACGACAGUCGUCUCCCCCACCAUCUCUAGGCUCUCAAUCCGACAAUUCCCAUGAAGCCAGCACUUCAGUAUCUUCAUCGGUGUUCGCAAAUGCACAGGCGCGCGCGAAUAUUGGCCAGCCGUUCUGGACGCAUCGUGUCUCUGCGUCGUUCAACGCCAUGGCGGACCAGAUCGCCGCUGCGAGUCAGGCAAUAGCGCUUAUACCUCCUCUUCCUGACGUACAAAUCGCUCAAGUCCAUGCACGUAUGGAGGAAAUAGCAGAGACACAGGAGAGGCUACAGAGAGAGCUUGAAGAGCUUAGACAAGAAAUUCGGUCAGUGACAGAAGGUCCCGAAAAAUUCCAAAAGCAGUUGGAGGAUCAUAUUGCGGAGUAUAAGCUAGACCAACAGCGCCUGCCCGCACGUUUGCAUAACGCAAUUGUGACUGUCUCGAAAGGAGCAAUUAAGCCGAUCGUUGACAAGUCAGGGAAGGUCCCAGCGCAAUUCCCAGCAACACGUGGAGAGUUUGAACAUCUUACCAGGGAACGAUAUGAGGGCAUGAUGAAAGCAUACGGACUUCCAAUUACCGGCGACACUAACGCAAAGCGGAACGCCGUACGCACUUUCAUCGGCCUCCCUCAGGUGCCUUGAGUUAGUAGUUUGUGCUUGAGAGCCGGCUUAGCUUUGAAGCGACAUUGCCCUGGUUUCUCUGUAUCUUUAUUACGGAACUGUGUUCAUCAUGGAUUGCACGUUUUCGCAAUUAUCUCACUCUAAUUCCCAAAGCCCGGAUUGCCCCAGCAAGUUUCAUUACGCGAAAGUCGAAUCGGCUCAUCACAGCAGCCACAGCGGGACGUGGAAGGCAGCAAACGCACCAGUAUUUUUACCAUUCGAGGUCACAGGCGUGACUAUCACUCGUGUCUUCAUUUUGAAGUUUAUUCGUGUCUGAAAUGCCAGUUUUACAUUCAGAAGAGCAGGAUUGAUUCGGUGGUCAGCCUCGCUCUAAAGACUGACGGCAGACGUAAAGUCUGAAACUGUGUUAGUGUUCUGAAAGCACUCAUAACUGGCCGUCUACAUUUGGUAUAGCGUUUACGUUAUUCUUGUCAUCUGGGAAUCCGAAGGCAGAGUCCGUUGCCGAAUGGGAUCACCUUUUCUCCGCAUCCACAAUGAGUUUGCUUCGUUACGUGCUUCCCUAUUAUCGGGAUCCAAUCUCGUGGGAUCCGCCUUUGCAGCGCACCUGUUGUAAACUGCAAGGGCAUGUACUAUAACAGCUCACGAUUAGUCCCUUGCAGGUUC